UUUUUAAUUUUUCACACUUGGUCAAAAACUUCUCGAAUAUUGUCAGUGCUUCGGAUCUGACUGUGCUGUUGUGAUAAUAAAUUUCGACACGUAUUUUGGAAGUACGUGGUAUUCGAUGUAUGCAUUGGUCAAACUGCGAAAGUCGGGACGUGACAACUUAAUUUGUUGUCAAGGGUAUUUGUAAUUGUUGAAAUAUACAUCAGUGCUCUCAUAAAAGAAAUUCUUGAGGGUAACAGAAGAAACGAAGGCACAAUGCUCUGAUGAUACUUCAAAGAUUGAAGUAUGCGAAUCAGUUUCAGAAAGAUAAGAGCGCGAAGCCACUACGUCAUUUAAUAGCUGGGAGUAGCUUGGAGCCAGCCUGAUAGUCGCAAUUCCGACUACUUGAAUCGGAUCUUGGUAUCAGGGUCCGGUGCUAAGCUGGAAAUAUUUGGUAUGAUAUUUAGUCGUAGCGAUAUAACGUAUGUUGCUGACAUUUAUCUGUGAUAUUUUUGAUAACCGGACAUGCAAUGAGUCUCACAGGCAACACUGAUGCAAUAUCAAGAAGCCGUUUAAAUUUAUAAUAGUUGCCGUUAGUUUCCACGAUUUGGAAUCCGAUCCAUACUUUUUUAUGUUGUAAAACAGAAGAAGCUGCAUCCUUUAUUUGUUAGUUACUCAGACACAUUUAGUGCAACGUCGAGUCACACAUAUAAAGUGCCGAAAAUUUAACAGUAAAAUUGAAGUACAUAAAUGAUUUGUCUUUUCCAUAAUAGAGAGUGUAUUAUUUGCGUUAACAGAUAUUUUACACUAUUGUAUGAAGUCCCAUGCAUUUCCUAUGCUUUCAAAAUUCUGCUACUAAAGUAAUGGUCUACUAAAUAUAUAAUUGAGAAUAUCUCUUCAAGCAUGUCUUCGUUAUCUGUUGAAGAUAUCAAAACGACGGGGACAAGUUUGUCCCCAGAGGAUGAGGUCAUGAAGGAACUGGAGUGUCCAGUAUGCCUUGAUUUCAUGUAUGAGAAUAUACGUAUGUGUGAAGCUGGACACAACAUUUGUUUUGGAUGUUCUGACAAGCUAAACAUAUGUCCUCUUUGUAGAAAGAAUAUGCUUGUAGGGACGCGAAAUAGAGCACUGGAGAAAAUGGCAUCACGGAUGACUUUCCCAUGUCGAUACCACACUGCAGGAUGCUCUGAAAGCUAUCCUGCAACUCUGUUAAGUCAGCAUUUGCUGGUGUGCCCUCGUCGCCCGUACUCUUGUGCAGUAGAUGCUGCUAAUUGUAAUUGGAAAGGUCAACUGCAUCAGAUGGUUUCACAUUUACAAGAGGAACACCAUGAGCAGCUCUGGGCAGAACAGAGUGUGACAUUUGUGUACACAAAAUUUGAUGGUACAAAUAUGGAUGUGCUGCAUGUGCUGGGAGGAGAAAUGUUCCUUAUCCAUCGUCGUAUUGAUACAACCAAACAAUUGUUUUAUGCAACAGUCCAGUAUUUGGGUCGAGAAGAAAAUGCAAAGCAGUUCAAGUAUACAGUGAGGAUUUUUCGCCUUGAUGGAAGAAAAAGUGUGUCCUAUCAAGAUAUGACAUUUCCUGACACACAGAAUGUUGACACUAUACUUGAAUCUGCCAAUUGUGCUUGUUGGUGUAUGGACUUUGUGCGAAGCUUCAUAACAAAUGGUGAACUGUGGUGUACAGUUGAAGUUUCCUAUUUGUAAGGUUCGUGUGAUUCUGACUACAUAGUAAAGUAACUCAGUCUUAAAAAAAUUAACAAAAGAAAGUUGUACUACCUUUUAAGUUAAUGGUAAGCUACGGUGUUUGAGAAUAGAGCCAGCUAAAAGACUAAGUAUAAUAUGUAUUGUAAUUAAGAGCUGUGUUCUAAUGGUAUUUCUGUAUGUUGUAUAUGAAUGAUUUUCUUAUGCAUUUGUUAUUACUUGAGUUGUCUCACCAAUACAUUUAUGUCAUGUUGCAAGGACCAGAAAAUUUAUAGCAUUUGAUGCUGAAUUCUAUAUUAUAUGUGGCUCAAAGCCAUCUGUUGAUUAAGGAUGUGUGUUAUUUUCUCGAGGCAAUAUUUGUACUUUGUACAUUGUAACUGUUGUAAAUAUAGAUGGAUGUUCAAGCUGAACACAAAGUAUUAAUGUUGUGACUGCAUAUUUUGGAAUAAAUAUAUUUUAUGUAA